CUUCUGGUCGAAUUUUUAAUUUUUUUGGUCGGCUUCGGGGACGUCGCGCACGUGGGCGGGUUGCACCAAGUGCCGCAGGAGAUAUUCGUAGGCAAAACGAUGCCGCUGAUGGAAGCGAAGCAUACACGAGAACGACUUUAUUUAGUCCCGCUCGUAAUCCUUUUGCAAUUGGUACAAGAAGUACAAGGGAGAGUACUGCAGAAGUUGUAGUUGAUACUACGCCGGUCUUCAAUCCUCGCGCGUCCGGACGCACCGCAGUGUCUGGAGCGGACAUUUUAUCAGGAAGAAGAUACCUCGGAGAAACUACAGGUAGUCGCGAAAUAGCUGCACCUGGCCGUUCGCGGGCUGAGAGCGCCGUGAGUUUGCGAGACCAUGACGAUGAAAGGAGAUUAACAGCACCAGCGUCGCCGUCCUCGUCAAGUGCGGUUGGAGGUCGCCAGCUAUGGCGUCCUGCCUCCUCUUUCCUCUUUCAACGAGCAGCUAAUCUUAAGGAUUCUCCUAAUCCAUUUCGUGAAGCAUCCUCCUGAGUAGGCUUUUCAAGGGGAAAAAGGUCUCGUCUCGGGAUGAGCUUCAAGAUGGAUUAGGGUGAGCUCUAAUAUAAUUAGUCGGAGAACUGGCGGCCUACGCUCUAGUACAACUGAUGCAGGUGGGCGGGAACAAACAAGAAGAAGUCCAAGUUCAUCUGCAGGUGCUGCUCUUUUUACUCGCGAAAGGGAAACAAGCACCAGGAGAAGUGAAGUUCGAGAAAUGAGAACAGACACUAGUACAAGAACGCCGGCGUCGCCUUCUGAAGAUGUUGUGGAUGAAGGAGAAGAACUACGAAAUGAUCCAUCUGUAGCAGGAACAGCAACAGAAGUACAACCCCCUGGCGUGUUGGGUGUGCGCGACGAGUCCUCGCCCUCCGAAGAUGAUACAAUGUUCAGUGCUUUAGUGCAAGACCAAGGCAUCGAACAAGAAGUACAAGACGAGCACGAAGAUGCAAAUGCAAUGUCUUCGAGCCUGGAUAGCAGAGAACACAGGCGAAGCCGAUACCUUGAUGCGCGAUUCCCUGUCGAGCCUCGUCGGGUUAAUGUCGCCAGACGUCAGUCCACACAGCGUAGACGAACGCGACCGCUUGAUCAGCUGGAUCUAGAUCACUAAGGGUUGGCAUGACCUACAGCGUGAGCAACAGUCGCUACCGCGAGUCGUGUGACACUUCAUUAACAUUUUGAUUUUUAUUGUGGAAGAAAAACAUCUCGAGGAUAAUUUAUAGGUUGGCCCCUGUUCUCCUCGUGCCGGGAGUCCUGGGCUGCAGGUGGUGCUUAUGGCCCAGGACCCUGACCACAUCCCUCACUUCAUCGGUCAAAAUUAAAACGUAACAGGUUUCAACAUAUACGCUUCCUCUCUUCCCACGACCAUCUCCACCACAAUCAACCUCGUCUUUAAUCACUAAACUUAAUGCAGGGGUUAGUAUCCUAAACGACCUACAAUCUAGUCCUCUCAUCAUUAUUAUGGAAGAAAAAACGAACUCAGUCCCACAAGUUUAAAAUUUCGCAGCAUGGUGGGCGAGUCGGCGGCUCUUGGAUGCUAUCGAUGACGCCAUCGACGACCCCCACCAGCUACCCAGGAGGACAAAAAUGGGAUGCAAAGCCUUUGAAAAACAAAGUAGCCCGUCAGACCUAUCCUAAGCUACUUCUACGUAUUUUUUUACUCGCUAGUACUUAAGGUGGAUCAGGAGCCCCCGACUCGCCCACUGUGCUUCGAAAUUUUAAACUUUUUUGACUGAGUUCGUUUUUUCUUCCAUAUAUAUGCGGUCAACGAUUCCCUUUUCUCAACCUCGUCUUCUAAGAUAAAGCUGCACCUCCUCCGCCGACUCCUGAUCUACUUCAUCUGGAUCAAGAGGAAAGCUCGAGUGCUCCAAUUGUCGACCCUUCUGAUUACGAGAGUUCUGUCGAAGAUUAUUUUCCCGAAGGAGAAGAGGUCUUUUCCAUGAUGAGGCGUCUCCGCGACACCUUGCUCUGGUGCGACGCGGCUAUGGACGAGUCAACCGCAAACGCGGCGCCAGUUCCACCUUUAAGGCUGGCGUCAUAUAGAUCAUAUUUUUUGUUAUUACUGCAGUUUGUGUUUGUUAGCUCGUUGCCUCGCUCGAUUUUAAGAAGUACUUACUCUCACAUGCAUAUUUUUAGUAGUAGUUAGCAUAGGUCUACUAUUUUUUUGAUUGAGAAGUGCAACUGGUGCGGCUUUGAAAGUAAGUGGUACUAGGAAUACUAGGAAAAGUAUUGUCGGACUUCCCGCUCCUACAGAAGCCUAUCAUAUUCACUAGGACCAGCUCUAAUAGCACUACAUCUUCGAGGCGCGGUUGUAGUUCUCCGGGAGGAUGGUCAGGGUACCACUACUGGUAGAAUUGUUCACAACGGGACAAGAUAUCGCGUACACGUUACUGAUAUUAAGGGCAGGCUUCAUUAGGAGUAGGUGUUUCUGUCACCGUUUGUCUUGCCUCUCCUCAGGGAGAAAAGCAUAGGAAACGGGAAACAGAAACGCCAGAGUGAGCCUACUUCUAAUAUUAAUGCUACAACAACUAGUACAACGAACUCGACGCAACUUCGUCCGCCGACGCCCUCUGCGACCAUGCCCCAUCAGCGUGCUGGAGUUGACACCACCAUCAAUGGUGCUCGCCGUCGGGCAAGCAACAUUCUGCUUUCUGCUAAUAACUCUGCCAAUGGCAACAUUGUUGAGCCUUCAAGACAGGAGAUAUUCUCGUCCCCCGAGGAUCUGCUUGCAGAGCAGAACAAUCGUGCAGGACCACGACAAGGACCGUCAAGAUCAAGUCGAAGUCGAAGAGGGCAUUCAUCUAUGAGAGGCAUUACGUCCUCGUUGGUUAACCGGGGACGAGGGCGACAUCUACCUUGGGCUACGACACCUGUCGAACGAAUGUUUGCCACUGAAGCAUCACAAUUUUCAGACGGUCACUCUGAUCCAGACGGGCGUAGUGGUUCUGAUCCUGAAGGGCGACAAGAUCAGGAAAUAAGAAGAAACACAACUAGAGCAUCGCGAAGCGGAUCGACGGCGGCCCAGCGGAGCAGCUUUAGCAACGCAAGGACGGAACAAGAACUACGGCUAUCAUCAGGAUCACCAAACCCGACAAACCUACGAGAAGUGGUGGCGAAUGCAUCCAGUACAACAACAAGAACAACUGGUCGUGGAACCAUGUCCACCACGACGCGUCAAUUUUCACGAAGAGUGCAGCAGCUGCAGUCAACAAUACAACCGCCGUCUGGAGACGAACAAAGGAAUCAAGGACCAGAACCAACAUUAGGACCAUCUACUAACUCAUCUAGGUCUGCAACUACUUCUCAGCGAAGACAACCUGUCAGAUCGGCGUCCUCGUCUUCUGGGAGGUCGCCUUCUACAUCUACAACAGCUCAAAGGCAAAACGGUGUGUCCACUACCACUGCUACUACUACUACUGCUACUACAGGCACUACAGCAGAAGCGCACGGGGCGACAUCAAGCAGAGGGCCGCCUCGUCCACCGGUUGAAGAUGGAGAAAAAAGCCGCGAUAUCCAUCCACGCAUCCAUCCAUCCAUCUUUCUAACCCAGCGAUAACGUCCUCAACAACAACUCCGACUCUGAGUACUACUACUAGGAGGAGUCCAACUUCAGGCACUCGUAGUCCUGGUCGAAGAAAUAGGCUACAGUGGCGUAUUAGAAGGAGCACUGGCAACAUCGCUACUUGAAUCAUCAGGGCAAGUACUGGUCACGCAUGUCUUCAAAUAGUACAACAGGAGAAAGAUGACGUCUUUUUCUUUAUCUGCACUUCCCUAUCGUCUGUUGUCUGCAAAAAGCAAAACGCGACAUCUUUACAUAAGUAUCUC